ACGCGCAGUUCAUUCAACAUGGCGGCACCCGUUCUAACACAAGUUCACAUUUAGCGACAACAUCGAACGGGCCGUGAUGUCCAGACUGGCUGUAGUGUUUGGGGGUUCACGUGGCAUUGGGCGAGCAGUUUCUCAGCUGUUAGCACAGAGGGGUCAUAGGGUUGUGGUGUUGUCUAGGAAUAAGGAGGCUGCACAGGUUACAGCUGAAUCUCUCCCUGGAGAAAAGCAUUUGGGUCUAAGCUGUGACGUCUCUAAAGAAGAUGACGUUCAGAGAGCAUUUGAGAGCAUCAGUAAGACCUGUGGCUCAGUGGGAUACCUGGUUAACGCAGCUGGCAUCAACAGAGAUGCCUUGUUAUUGAGGAGUAAAUCUGAAGACAUGCUGUCUGUUCUUCACACCAACCUGCUGGGCUCAAUGCUGACGUGCAGAGGAGCUCUACGGAGCAUGCUCAGUCACGGAGGAGCGAUUGUCAACAUAGGCUCCGUGGUGGGUGUGAAGGGUAACCCCGGGCAGUGUGUGUACAGUGCCAGUAAAGCCGGACUUGAAGGAUUCACACGCUCACUGGCGAAAGAGGUUGCUACCCGGAAUAUACGAGUCAACUUGGUGGCUCCAGGAUUCAUUCGGACAGACAUGACUGCAGGAAUGGAGAAGGAAGACGCGGUCAGAAGAAUUCCACUGGGCCGUUUUGGGGAACCUGCAGAGGUGGCCCAAGCGGUCCUUUUCCUCCUGGAGUCUCCUUAUAUCACAGGACAGCUUCUGCUCGUGGAUGGAGGGCUACAGCUGGCACUGUGAUGAGCGAGCAAACUUCAUAUAUUCGUUAUGCUUGAUAAUAAUGUACAGUCACAGUUUACAGACUGCUUUAAAUCUUGAUAUUGUUGAUCACCUCCUGAUAGCUCUGUGGAGUCACACGUAUCGUUGUGUAAGAGCGGUUUUGGCCCAUCUGGGUUGGAUUAAGGUUAUUUUUAGUUCACUGGAGUUUUUAAGGAUAUGGCUCAUGUUCCAUACUCGGGAUGACAGAGGUCAAAGGUCGACACGCGGAGGAGAUGACUCGCUGUGUGAUGUCAUUUUAGCAUUUAACAUUACACUUACAGAACCCCUAAUCUCAUAUAAAAUUAUUUUUAAAAUUAAAUGUAUUAAAUCCUGUCCUUUUCACCAUCGUAAAAAAUACAGAUUACCAAGAAACGUUUUUGCCAAGAGCAACUGGACUCAACCCAGACUCAAUUUCAGAGACGUUUAUUUAUUGUACUAUUCAUAAACCAGAAGAGAAUAAAGGAGAACAGUCCGUAUACAGGCACAGGUUGGCAACAGAAAAUAUUGCAAAGUAAGAACCUUCUAAAAUCUGUAUUUGUAGGAUAAACAGCUGUGCAAGAAAAAAAAAACAUAUGCAAAUCACAGGCGUAUGCGUGUAUACUGUUAUGCUGUAUUUUUUUGUAUAUAUGUGGCAAAUGAGUGAGAUGAGGGCUAAACUAUUUAAACUGAGUAUUUGAUACUCAACUGAUCAAAGCUAGUAUCAUUAUGAAUGCGUUACGAAGGAAUAUGUUGGAGCCAAUAAAAUACAACUUAUAAAAACAGCA